UUUACCCGCGGGGUAAAUCUGUGUAAAUUAAAAUAAACAAAAUUCAGUAAAGAAAAAGCAGAACGGAUUUUUCCAAAUGAACAGUGAGGAUGUGAUUGACUUUUGCCCGGAAUCCCCUGGGUCUGAUUCAAUAGCCUCCAGUAAGACAACACGAGUAAUUUAUGUCUGCAAUAUGUGCUUUCGUCAGUAUACAUUGAUCGAGGAUUUACGUGGACAUAUGAUUGAAUAUCACAAAUGUAUUCCGAUAGCGGAAACCAAGCUAAAAUCAAAUGAAAAAUAUGGACUACAAAAUCCAGAUGAUUUUCAUGCAGCUGCCACAGAAGAUUCCAAAAACCUACCAGCGCCAGAGUUAACACCAACAGAACCUUUAUUGCCCAAACCUGAAUUGCGUCCAAUGCCGUUUAAAAAUUUCCGCAUUGUGCUGCGUUCCAAAAUGACCAUGCGUUGUCCAGUGACGCAUGCAUGUCCUUACAAGUUUGAAAAUGAAUCUAAGCUGUCCUUACACACUAAGUGCCAUAUAAAUGUGUCAGCAGUGCAGGAGUUCAAAUGCUUUGAAUGCGGCAUUGAACUGCCAAAGUGGCGUAGUUGCACCGCUCAUCUCUGGAAGGCACAUCAAGUGGAUGUGGACUUACUCCACUGUCCGCAAUGCGAGUAUAAGGCGCAUGCUUCAGUACUUAUCUGGCGUCACAUGCGGGUGCAUAAAAAAUGGCGAACUCGCGUUCUCCGUUCACUGCGUGCAGUUCAGCGUAAACGCCUGCAACAAGAUACACCAAAACCCGACGAAACUAGAGCUCAAGCAGCACCGAUAAAUAAGAAUAGGUACUAUGCUGAAAAGACCUGUGAAAUAUGUAGUCGAAAAUUCGUGAAUGGUAAAACGCUAUCGAAACAUGUCAAAGCGGUACACAAUAAAAUCAAACCCUUCAUUUGCAAUGUAUGCGGCAAGAAAAUGGCGCGUAAGGCUAGCUUGAUUAUACACAUGCGUCAACAUACGGGCGAAAAGCCAUUGCAUUGCAAAACGUGCAAGUUUUCUACCCGGGACCCUAGUGUAUUGCAUAGGCAUCAGCUGCGGCAUGAGAAGGCGGAAAAAUUGAAAUGCGCGCUCUGUGACUUUUCCUGCAUACAAACAAGCGCUUAUAAAAGGCAUAUGCGUUUAAAUCAUGUGGAGGAAUAUAGAAAUAUUGCUUGUGAUUUGUGUAAUUAUGUUACGAUCAGUGCAGAGCGGCUGGAAGCGCACAAGCGUGACCAUCGUAAGGGACUUAUCGUCAAUCAUGAAGAUUCAAUGGAUGCAACGCGUUCCGGUGGCUCCAAAAAUCCGCAUAAGCUACGUGAUAAAAAUGAGAUGUCCGCCGACUGCUUUUUGCCCAUUGAAAGCAUUGAUUCACUGCCGCAUGAGCCUGCAGUGGAUACGGGUGGUGUUACAAUACCGGCACCUUCGGAGGAUACGCAGUUUCCUACAUAUCUAAAUAACUAGAAGGCGAUUUACUUUAAAUCAUACACCAACACAGUUUAAGUUUCUUUAUAAACAUUUUUCAUUUUCUUUAUUUCUCAUUUCUUAUGAUAUGAUUUCAACUUUUUAAAUAUUUAUGUAAGUAUUAAUUAUAUAUCUUUUUAGUUUAGUAAUUUACUGCACUAAGACUGAAAAAAAAUCGCGCUAAAUUUUCUUUUGUUUAAUUAUGAAUUUCAUUAGUUUCCUUUUUGAAUUUUUACUGAUGUAUCUUUAGUGUAUUAGUUUUUUAAUGAACUGUUAGUUUAAAUAUUCAAAUUUAAUUUUUUUCGUUUAAAUUCACUAGUUUUAUCUUUUCUUUACAAUGAAUUAUCUCUAAACCAUUUAAAC